AUGCAUGCAUCAUCAGCCACGCCGGUUAAUGUUUACGGCAGUGUGGUUCCAACGGGAAGUUGUGUAUCUCGGUUAUUUUUGCAUAGUUGUGCUUGGUUUGUAGAAGACAAGUAAUCACCCGGGCAGAACCUGAAAAAAUAUAUAAUUUUGAUUCAAAAUUUCUGAAUAAAAACAUUACAUAUUCCAAACAAACAUAUAACAAUUGGAAGUUUUUUGCACUACAUAAUUGUACAAUUCGCUAUGGCCCAAUUACUUGAAGUUAGAGAUUUAGAUAAUGAAUUGAAGAAGCAUCAUUACAAUAAUGACUUGAGGACUCCAAACAUGGUAAUAAUUAGCCAACCACAGCUGCAAAAAGAAACUUCAUCCAGCCAGCCGAUUAACAAUUUGGAGGACAAGUCAUCACCCCAAUUAUGCAGCAAGUCUUGGUGGUGGGCUUGUUUGUGUGCUCCGAUAGCGUUCUGCUGCUGCUGCUGCUCAAGCGAGAAAUGUGGAAGACCUGAGGAAAACGGGGAUAACAAUAAUCCUUCGUAUGGUGGGUGUCAUGGUGGGGGAAAUUAUAAUUACGGUGGUUGUGGAAAUUGUGGAGAUUGUGGGGGGUGUUGCGACUGUAGGUGUUGUGAUUGCGGUGGGGGCGAUUGUGACGGGUGCGAUUGUAGUGGGUGCGACUGUAGUGGGUGCGACUGCAGUGGGUGUGACUGCAGUGGGUGUGAUUGUGGGGGGUGUGAUUUAGGUGGAUGCUAGUACAUAAAUAAGCUCGUUAAAAUUACCAAUAUUUUUUACUUCCGGUUUUUUUCACAUUUUGGUCACAUGUGCAAACUAAAUAAACAAAAAAUUAAUUUUCGUGUAUGUCGAGAUCAAAUAUUUUGCUUAACUGGAAACUUUUAUUACGAAUACGAAAUAAACAUAAACGAGUCCACGUAUUGCUUA